CUUUGCAUAGUGGUAUGGAAUCUUAACUUGUAAGAAAAAACACACACACAUACAUACCCUUUUUCCCUCCUGCAUCAAAUUCUCUUUCUUUCUCUCUUUCAUUAACUUGUUGCUGCUGCUUCAAAGGAGGUGAAUUUCAAUUCUGUUUCUGGGUUUUCAGCCAGAAAGACAAGAGAAAAGGAAAAAAAGAGCAGCAGCAGUUCAAGUGGUGUUUCGGUAGUGGUAUUGAGUUUAGUUCAGUUGACUUUAUUACUGUUUUGUCAGGGGAAGAACAGAGAGUUAAGAGAUUGUGGGUUUUCUAGUGGAGGAAACAACAAUAUCUACUACUUUUUAGUUAUCAUUGAAAGCUGAAAUUUAUAGAAUUCUCUCUUUAGUUGAGUUAAUGAGACAAAGAAGAAGAUAAUAAGUGGGGGAGAAAGUAUAUGUGUGGAGGAGGAAGGUAGUUAAUGGGAAAGAGAUAUAGAGAGGACAAAUAGACUUUAAAAGAUAUAAAGACUAUGAAAUCUUUGCUGUUUGUGUGGUGGUGUUUCUACAUCUGAGACAGAUGAAAAUCAGACAUACCCAUCUUUGAUUGAUUCAAGAUUUUCUAUCACAAAUUCGUCUCUCUCAAAAGAUUUUUGUUGACGAUGUUUCAACUCGGACAGAUUGGACUACUCAAGACUGGGGAAAGGAAUCCAUAUUGGAAGUUCUUGUUUUUGUUUUACAUUUUUUAUGUUCUCUUUGGAUCCUAAUUGGAGUGGACUAAUUGUGAUGGGUUUUGAAGACAAAACCCACAUAUAAUGGAUGAUGGCAGAUUUCCGCAGGAUACCAUGUCUGCUGCACUCUCCUCCGAUCCCUCUGUCGAUUUUGAUCUCAUGGAGGCACUCUUGUCAGGAGGUUGCUGGUUAGAGACUACUGAAGGAUCAGCAGCAGAUUUUUUACAACCAUCUUCCUCAAAUUUCUACAAUUCCUCAUAUUUUUUAGCACCUCCAACUAGUACUUCAGAGAGUUUGAAUCCAAAUUACCGUCAAAGCAACAACCAAGAAGAGACUGAUGGAUCAAUUCUCCCAUCAAGAAACUCUAUUUCCCUUGCACCACAAUCUGACACCUCUUUCACAGUUCGGUAUCCAAAUCAGAACACAUUUCGGUCGUCAGAGUUUUCGGGCCAAUCAGACGGUUAUCCGGCCGAAGGAAGCUCUCAGCUGAGCAGAAGGUGGUGGGAUGGACCAGUCCCUCACUCGGGUACCUUAGCUUCAGUGAAAGAUAGGCUGAAUUCUGCACUUGCAUACUUAAAGAAUUCGCUAAGAGAGGGAGAUGUUCUUAUUCAGAUAUGGGUUCCUGUAAAGAGAGGAGAUAGACAGUUCCUUGUUACCGAGGACCAACCAUUUACUACUCUUGAUUCCAACUGCCAAAAUCUUGAAAGUUAUAGAAAAAUCUCUAUGAGGUUUGAGUUCCCUGCUGAUGAGAAUUCAAAAGAAUCAGUCGGGUUGCCCGGACGAGUUUUCUUGGAGAAGGUUCCUGAGUGGACUCCUAAUGUUCAAUUAUUCAGCAUUGACGAGUACCCUAGAAUUGGUCACGCUCAACAGCAUCAUGUUCAUGGGACUGUUGCCCUUCCGAUUUUUGAGCGAGGCAGUAGAGCUUGCUUGGGUGUUGUUGAGGUUGUCAUGACCACGCAAAAGAUCAAUUUUGCUUCAGAGCUUGAUACGGUUUGCAGGGCUCUAGAGGCUGUUAAUCUGAGGGGUUCUAAAGUUGAAAGUCCCCCAGGACCUCCUCCCAUUGUAAAGGACUCCAGACUUCCCUACCACGCCAUUCUGCCAGAGAUUCUGGAGGUCUUGAAGGCCGUCUGUAAAACACAUCGAUUGCCUUUAGCUCAGACGUGGGUCCCAUGCACUGUACAAGCCAAGGAAGGAUGCCGGCACUCCGAUGAGAAUUAUGCUCAUUGUGUCUCGACGGUGGAUAAUGCUUGCUGUGUUGCUGAUACAAGGAUCACUGGGUUUCACGAGGCUUGUUCUGACCAUCACCUCUUUAGAGGCCAAGGUGUUGCUGGAAGAGCAUUUACAACAAACCAACCUUGCUUUUCCAAUGACAUAACCACCUACAGCAAGAAAGACUACCCUCUAUCUCACUAUGCCAAGAUGUUUCAGUUACAAGCUGCUGUAGCAAUUCGUCUCCGAAGCAUCUACACUGGCAAGGUUGACUAUGUUCUUGAAUUUUUCUUACCUGUGGAUUGCCGUGACUCUGAAGAGCAGAAGACGAUGCUCAGUUCCUUGUCCAUCAUUAUACAACAGGUUUGUCGAACCUUAAGAGUUGUUUCAGAUAAGGAGCUAGAGGAAGAAUCUAGUGAGGUAGUUCUCCCUUCAGAUGAGGGACUGAAAAGAGAAGAAAGAACGAACCUAGGACCCACUACUUCAAAAGGAUCUUCAGAGGAAGAGUCUUCUUGGAUCAGUCAUAUGAUGGAGGCUCAGCGUAAGGGUAAAGGUGUUCAGAAACAGGAGCCAACAGAAGGGUUUAAAGUAACAACUCACUGGAAUAGCUCUGAGACGGUAUUCCCACAGGGGCAAACAUUUGGAGACUUAAAGCAACACAGGCAAGAUUCAGGGCCGAAAGAUACUGCUGAGAGUGGUGGAGAUUCUUCCUUCGCUGAGCAGCGUAGGUUUUCAAGUGUGGGUAAAACAGGAGAAAAGAGACGGACAAAAAUGGAGAAAACUAUCAGCUUGCAAGUUCUCCGACAAUACUUCGCUGGGAGCCUGAAAGAUGCAGCAAAAAGUAUAGGUGUGUGCCCGACAACCCUGAAGAGGAUUUGCAGGCAACAUGGGAUAACCCGGUGGCCUUCUCGGAAGAUCAAGAAAGUGGGACACUCUCUAAGGAAACUUCAGGUUGUAAUUGACUCUGUUCAAGGAGCUGAAGGUGCUUUCCAAAUCGGGUCUAUUUAUGCGAAUUUUCCGGAUUUGACCUCUCCAAAUUUAUCCGGAACUAGCCCAUUUUCAACCCCGAAGCCGAAUGAUCGAUUGAACCCGUCAAAAAUACAACCCGAAGGUGCACCCAGUCCUCCAGCUGCAUCUAAAUCACCUUCAUCUUCAUGCAGUCAGAGCUCCAGUUCAAGCCUCUCUUCUUCCAGCGGGAAACAGCAAAAUUCUGUUAUUGGUAGUCUUGCAAGUAUUGAAGAUGCUUCAAUGGCAGAAACCCUUGGUGGUGAUAGUUGCACUCUGAAAAGAGCACGCAGUGAAGCUGGGUUGUACUCUGCAGGAGAGUUGCACACCACAGCUCAAGAGGAUCCGGGGUUGUUUGGGAGAUCCCAAAGCCAAAAAUGCCUCGGCACUGAGCAUCUCAUUCUUGAUGAUUGUUUACCUCCUUUGCCAAGUAGUCAUAAUCGUGGUGCAUCUCGUGAUACUAAGGGUGGCCUUAGAAUGAAAGUCACUUACGGAGAAGAGAAAGUGCGGUUCAGCUUGCAACCCUACUGGGGUUACAGAGAUCUGCAACAAGAGAUUGCAAAGCGGUUUCAUAUAGAGGAUAUGAGUAGAGUUGAUCUUAAGUACUUAGACGAUGACUCUGAGUGGGUUCUAUUAACAUGUGAUGCUGAUCUUGAGGAGUGUAUGGAUAUCUAUAAAUCAUCUCAUACACAGACGAUAAAGCUCUCUGUUCACCACUCUUCUCAUCCGAAUCUUGGAAGUUCCUUCGGUAGUAAUGCUCCAUAAUUUACUGCAGCAGAAUGAAUCACCUUUGUAACUCUUUUAGCUGAGUUUUUAGAGUGUCAGUUGAAAAUGUACAUGUAAUAGUUACUGCUUCUACGUCUUCAUGUUGGGGAAAAUAAAGACUGAGAGAAUCCAUGGUUGGAUAUUACGCACUCUGGCGGAAUUAAGAAACUCCAACAACAGAAUGGGAGUUGGGGGUUCCUGAUAGCCAGACUCUGAACAUUAUGCAGAGGGAAUGGAGAAGCAGUGUUUCAGGAAUGAGAUGGGCAUUUGGCAGGGAAAUUGUAAAUGCGUAAUUCUUAAGGUCUCGCCGUAGAAUCAGGUACCCUUUUGAAGGCGGGAUUACAGAAGAAAACCAUAGUAGGACGUCUGCGGAUGGAAGAAUGGAUGACAUAGAAAUUGAAACAAAAUUACUACAGCAACAACAAAACAAUUUGAAAGUCUUUGUUUCGGAGGCUGAUGGUGUUCAGAAAGAACAUACAGGAGUUACGGGUUUCGAUUGUCGUCGACCCUGAUUUGGAGGUACAAAUUUGUGGUUAUAUUACUGCGACUGUAAUUUGUAUUGUUGAAUCUUUUUCUGUUUAUAUUAUUAGGGGCGGAGAAAUGAUAUUGUACAAACAGCAAAUAUUUGAAGGGUUGGAACGACUUGAAAACAAGGCUCUCCUUUUUAAUUUACCGUGACAUCUUGUUCAAUUUCUAUCCCAAUGUGAAAAAACUAUGGUUGUUCUUUAACACUGAGCAAGUAAAACUGUAAAAUUGACACAA